UUUUUGUCUGAGAACUGGGUCCUCUGCCGCUCUACAGUGUGUGCGAUAGCCUCGGAGCUGCGUCCGUAGCACACUGUCAAACCACUCCAAACCAACACAGCCGCGACCAAAAGCACUAAUUCAGCACCUUCAGCCAUGGCGCUUCUAAUCUACCGGUAAAUCUGCCGUGUUUGGGACUGCUCGAGGGAACUUAGUCCGAGCUUGUAUCGGGUUUGCUCUCUGUGUGCAUCAGUCUUUAUUAGCGAGCUGCCGCUCUCCUUGCUACCAGUUAUUUCUUUAACUUUUUAAACACUCGGCUCGGCGGAUGACUGAGCGCCGGCGGAGUAUGGGAUCCUUGGUGUCUUAGGAAGCGACUGAAGUGGGGUUCGAGCGUUUUUGCGUGCAAAAACAAUGGCAAAUUCGACGGGGAAAAAUCUCCUAGAUCAGCGAAGGAAAGGACAGGCUUUCCUGGACGAGCUGCGGCAAUUUCACCAAAGCAGAGGAUCGCCGUUCAGGAAGAUUCCUAUCGUGGGUGGGAAAGAGCUGGAUCUGAAUGCGCUCUAUAUCAGAGUCGUCUCUUUAGGUGGAUUCGCUAAGGUUUCUGACAAAAACCAAUGGGUUGAACUUGGAGAAGAGUUUAACUUCCCGAGGAGUUGCUCCAACGCAGCCUUCGCUUUAAGACAGUACUACCUGCGAUACCUGGAGAAGUACGAGAAGGUCCACCACUUCGGCGAGGACGAUGAAGAAGCGCAGCCGGGGAAUCCCAAAGCCUCCCUCCCAGUGGGUGCGAUCCCCAGCUCCUACAACUACCAGCAGCACGUUGUGUCAGACUAUCUCCGGCAGAGUUAUGGACUGGCUACGGACUUCAUUCAGCCGUGCGACUACAACAAACUGGUGCUGUCGCUCCUCUCCGGCCUGCCCAACGAAGUGGACUUUGCCGUUAACGUUUGCACGCUGCUCUCCAACGAGAGCAAGCACGCCAUGCAGCUGGACAAGGACCCCAAGCUGGUGACGCUGCUGCUGGCCCACGCCGGCGUCUUCGACGACUCUCUAGCCAGCUUCUCUGGGGUGUUUGGGACAGACUGGAAGGAGAAGACCUCACGGGACUUUGUCAGGUUCUGGAAAGAGGUGGUGGAGGACGCCGAGGUCAGAGAGCUGAUCUGGGACAAGAACAGUUCAGCACAAGAUGGUACGUCUAGGGAGCAGCACUGGCAGAGCCUCUUCCAUCCGCCGCGGAACCCAGGCACCAGCGACAUGGAGGCCCAGCGCGUGCUGCAGAUCGCCGUCAUCCUGCGCAACCUCUCAUUCGAGGAGGCCAACGUCAAGCUGCUGGCGGCCAACCGAACGUGCCUGCGCUUCCUUUUGCUCUGCGCCCACUGUAACCUCAUCUCACUUCGACAGCUCGGACUCGACACGCUGGGCAACGUGGCCGCUGAGCUCCAGCUGGAUCCUGUUGACUUUCGGACAACACACCUGAUCUUUCACACCAUCACCAAAUGCUUGAUGUCCAGGGACAGGUUCCUCAAGAUGAGAGCUAUGGAGAUCCUGGGGAACCUCAGCAAAGCGGAUGAUAAUGGUGUGUUGAUCUGCGAGUAUGUGGACCAGGAGUCGUACAGGGAGGUUAUAAUGCUCCUCACUCUGCCGGACCUCAUGCUCCUCAUGGCCUCCUUGGAGGUGCUGUACUUGCUGGCCCAGCUUGGAGAGAUUCCCUGCAGCAAGAUCGCAUCAGUUGACCACAGCAUAGACCUGUUGGUGCGGUUGGUGUCAGUAGACCUUCACACGUUUGGACCCGAUGCCCUGACGGCGGUGCGGUUGAUAGAGCACCAGGCGAACGCUGACCAGGCCGGCGAGGUCCGGCCACAGUUGGUGGAGCAGGUACCUGCAGCAGUGCAGGGGGCUCCGGCACCUGUAACAAGGGUCCCAGUUCAGUCCAACGUACCGCCGCCUGGUAUUGUCGAACUAGAUGGGGAGAAGUUUACGCUGCAGUGGCUGAACGCACACUUUGAGACGAACCCCGAGGGCUCCAUCUCUCGAUCAGAAAUGUACUCAGAGUACCUGGCCACAUGCAGCAAAAUGGGACGAAGCAACAUCUUGAACUCCACCGGCUUCCUCAAAUGCCUGCGGACUGUGUUCCCCAACCACACUAUGAGGCGGCAGGAGGAGGCAAAAGCCAGCAACCAGCUUCAGAUCCUCCUAGUGGGAAUAAGGCGGCGAGCGAUCCCUCUGCCCGUCCAGCUGUACUACCAGCAACCCCAGCAGCAGCAGCACCAGAACCCUGCCGCAGCUCCUCCACCUCCAGCAGCUCGUCACGAAGCGCCUGGAGAUCCUCAAGCUCCACCAUCAGGCUUACCUCCAGGCCAUCCUAAUCUUGGACCACAGCUUCCACGGACCCCGGGGGCCUCAAACAGCGGCCCAUCCAUGGCCUCGACUGCACAGGACGCGUCUCGUGUAAACCACCCGACUGUUCCCCAUCACCCGGUCACACCACAGGUGUCCCCGCAGUUACCGCCGAAUCCUCUGGCAGCGCAGAAGCAUCAGGUCCGAACGGUUCCGGUGGUACAGAUCCCAACGUCGGCUGCGGCCACCCAGAAUCACAGCCCACAGAACCCGGCCCCUCCUCCCAUGCCUCAGCAGCAUUCUCCCAUGCUCCCCACAGGGACUCCCGUCACAUUAUUUCAGCCCGUCCCGCACGGCCACAUCCUCACCGCCAGGGUCCAAGGGUUCGGCUCUCCAAUCACCCAACAACCACCUCUGCCUCAAACCUUCCCCGUCUCUGGACCUCAGGGUGGAGCUCCCCAGGGUGACACCCAGUGUACCGCUGUGGUCUCCGUACCCUCCUCCAUCCAGGUCGGAGCAAGUCAGGCACUAGGUAUAAGUGGAGUGGCCAAUUCCCAAGGCUCUCGUGUAACAUUUCAGAAUAUUGCUCCCAAACCAGCACCAAAUCAGUCAGGUGGGUCAACAGCCACGACAAGCCCUCCCAACCAGCAGCCUCAGCAGCCGGCACAGAGCGUAGUAAUAGUCGGCCCCAAUCCUCACCCGAUUGUUCUUACCAGCCCACCCAACAUACCUGGUGCCCAGACUGUCCAGAGAGCAGGACAGCCUGGAGCUGCUUCCACUCCCUGCUCACCCGCUGCCUCUUACUCAAAUACCCAGGUCCAGUCCAAUCAAACUGUCAGCCAUGCACUGUCCACCAAACGGCAACAUCAGCAGCAACCGCCACCUCUGCAGAUCAUAUCCCAAACUCCUCCCACUCAGCCUACCUCCACCGAAUCCAGCUUGAUCAAACAGCUACUGCUUCCAAAGCGAGGGCCUUCUACACCAGGAGGGAAGCUGAUCCUGCCUGCCCCACAGGUCCCCCCUCCGAACAACACGAUAGCCCCCAGUCCACAGGUCCUCUACCAGAACCCCUCUCCUCAGCCGGUCAGUGUGCAGCUGCUCCCUGGCCAGCUUCCUGCUGCGGGAGCCCCGCCCCUCCAGACGGUUCAGCUCUUGCCAGGGCAGCUAAUCUCCACCAGCACGGCAGGUGGAACAGCCAUCAUUCAGGGUCCCACAGCAGCUGGACAGGUCACCUUCACUGUGGUCCCCAACACUGGCUUCACCACCUCUACAGCUGCCGUUGCUGCUGUUAGUCAGGCAGUCGUCCCUCCAGGUCUCCCCCCACCUCCAUUUUCUACUGGAACAGUCCCUCAUCACAUGUCAGCGGGUGCACCACCCCCACCACCACUGCCAGCUCCCCUCAGAGGAGACAAGAUCAUCUGUCAAAAGGAGGAAGAGGCCAAGGAUGCCACGGGGCUUCAUAUCCACGAGAGGAAGAUAGAAGUGAUGGAGAACUCCUCCUUAGCAGAAGGUGACUCGUCUAACAGCAAGACUAGUAACGGGGAUGUUGCUGCAGGUGCCAAGCUACUAAACGGUGGGAAGUGCGUGGAGCCUAAUCUACCUCCAUAUCACUCAGGGAACAGCCAGGGAGUCCUCAACGGCCCACUAACAGAGAGUCUUUCCUCCAAUGGAAAGCAGGCUGUCUCUCCAGGCCCAACCACCCCUGUUGAGGGGAACCCCGACCCCAAAAAGACCCUGGUUAACGGGGUGUGUGACUUUGAGCGAGGCGACAGCAGUGGCACCUUAAACAGAAACAUUCCAAAUCACAUUGCUUCCAAACAGUACUUGGGGAACGGGGAGGUGGGCGCCUCUGAAAAGACCUCCGAUCAGAGUCUCCCCAGUCCGCCACCUUCCCAGCAGGACACUGCCAAAGCCCAGCAGGCUGAGCGCCUGGCCAACGGACCCCAGGGAGCAGGUCACCGGCCCUCCUCAGAACUAACCAAUGGACCUAUGGGGCCAGGGCAUGGCACGCCUGCGCUAAGACAGCAACUGCUCCCCAACUCAACGCUCCCCUCCACUGCUGCCUCUCCCGCUAACGGAGUGGCGUCGGAGCCCCGGGGCCUCAAGAGGCCCGCUGAGAACGAGGACCGCAGCCCAGCAGCAGCUUCUUCCGGGAUCCCCAGUAAAGUGGGAGUGAGGAUUAUCACCAUCAGUGACCCCAAUAACGCCGGUAGCAGUGCCACCAUGGUGGCGGUGCCAGCGGGAACAGACCCAAGCACAGUAGCCAAAGUAGCAAUAGAGAACGCCACUCAGCAGCGGAACUGCUCGCCUACGCUAGCAGCUGGCACCACGCCGACCGUAACCCCGCCCCCAGCUCCCUCCUCACAGCCGGCCCCAGCAGGUAACCACAGCCCGCACCUCCCAGCGCAGCAGACCCCCACAGCACCGUCGGAACUGGCCAGGAAACCAGGGCAAAACUUCAAAUGUCUGUGGCGGUCCUGUAAACGGUGGUUUGAAACGCCCUCUCAAGUGUUUUACCACGCAGCGACGCAACACGGUGGCAAGGAAGUGUAUGGAGGCCAGUGUCUGUGGGAGGGAUGUGAACCUUUUCCCCGGCAGAGGCUGUCCUUCAUCACACAUCUGCAGGAUAAGCACUGUUCUCGAGACGCUUUGCUGGCUGGACUCAAACUAGAGGAACAGCAAGCCCAAAGUCCCAAUCAGGCAUCUUCCCAGACUCCGCCAGCGGCAAGCAGCACUCCGGCACAACGAGCACCCAAAGCAAUCGUCAAUCAUCCGAGCGCAGCUCUCAUGGCCCUCCGCAGAGGUUCUAGAAACUUGGUCUUCAGGGACUUCACAGAUGAGAAAGAGGGACCAGUGACCAAACACAUACGACUAACUGCUGCCUUAACAUUAAAGAACAUCGCCAAGCACUCGGACUGUGGUCGCAUGUUGGUAAAAAGGCAUGAGACGCACCUCUCUGUGCUUGCAUUAAGUAAUAUGGAGGUUUCCACCACGCUCGCCAAAUGCCUUUAUGAACUCAAGCGUUCGCUUCAGGCUUAACGCCAAAUGGACAACCCGUACCAUCCCCCGGUCCCGCUCCCGAGAAGAGGAGCGAGGCGCCGGUGAGCUGUAGCUGGUCCAUGGGUGGAGGGACGGGGGAAGCAAAGGAGAGGAACCAGGACAAAGUUCUGCUGCUUCCACCUCCACCCCUAAAACUCUGCGUGACCCCUCACCUACUUCCUCGCCAACCUGUGUUCAACCGCCCCACUCUCUACCAUCACACACAGGGAUAGAGAAGGGAGGGAAGAGGGAGAGAAAAAGAACCUGCCUUUGGGGAUCUUCCACCAGCUGCCCACCAGGGGGAGCGCUUUGAGACUGCUUCCCCGAGGGACUCCACUGUUCAAACCCCAAACAUGAGCACAUUUUUGUUUGAGUGUAAUAGUUUUUCUUCUUUUUUUAUGUUGUUUUGUGAUCCUUUAAACAGGAGUGUGCUUGAGCUGUGGGUGGGUGGGGCCAUGAAGAGGCAGGGCUGCUGAAGGUAUCUCACAGGAUUGGGUUGGAAGGAGGACUCAGCCGGCGACUGGAGCAGAGAAAUUUUUCUUUAGAAACUCAGUAGCUUGGUUUUCUUACUUGAGUCAAUAUAUUUUCACUUAUUUAUUAUCGAAAUGAAUACCAUUACAAUUAAUAAAAAAAGAAUCUUGUAAAUACUUUGUGAAUAUAUAUAAAGAUCCUUUGAUGCCGAAGCAGCCACUGGAGAACAUGCUCUGUGGGGUAAUAGAAACAUUACUUUGACAGGAUUUACUAAAGUAGUAUGUUUGUUUUUAUUUUGCUUUUUUUUAUGAUCCUUGGUCACUUGUAUCUAAUGUGAUUCUAUACUCAGCAGUGGAUGAAUGUACUUAAACUUGUAAAUAAUUCUGCAAAGGUACUGAUGCUGUAAAGCUUUGGGAUGGGGGGAAAAAACAGUUUUUUGUGGAACUGUGACAUUUUUUGUAUUAUAAUACCUUGUAGAACUCAUUUUGCUGGCUGAAAGAGUAUGGAAUAAUAUAUCUCAUGUCAUUUUGUAGAAGAAAAAAAAUAUUGAAGGUAUUCUCUUUCCCUUCCUCGACUCCCACCUCCACAUGCCCCUCCCCUCAACACGUGCACACACAAGGAACAUAUAAUCCACUGUAAGCGUUUUUGUCAUCGUACGGGCACGAUGCGCGUACCAAAAAUUGUUUUGUAUUUGUAAAUUGGUUUAAAUACAUGGAGUUUUUAUACAGGUUUUCUCCUGUGUUCUUUGCUUUACGUGCAGGUAUGAUAUUUUCUUCACUACUUUUUUCUAUCUUAAUAUAGUGUGGAGUUUUAUUGUACUAUUUUUUCAUUCUUACUACCAUGCCACAUUCCGGCUCACGUCCUCAGACUGUCCUCUCUCUACCGUGUGUUGUGUAACAUUUGACUGCCUGUCGUAUUAGCAUCUGACCGGGGGCAACCCAACCAUCUUCAUUUCUGCGGUGUCAGUAGGAUGUGUGACUAUACAUAGACCUAACAGUCUGUUAGAGAUUGGCUUUAUUUACUUUGGUGACUGUUUAUAGUUUUUAAAUAAAACACUGAACAUUUUGCCUGGGCUUU